AUGCCCUUGAUUGCCUCACUGAAAGAUACACUUGCCCAGGCAAGAUACAAACUGAAGAGACGCCUUGGUAUGGAGGCAGCACACCUCCAUAGACCUAUUGUCGCCUCAGACUUUUUUUCAGCGUCGGAGUCUCAGUCCAUACAACUCAACAAAACCGCAUCUAAUCCUGCAGAUAGACCUGCCCCUGAAUCGGAGCAUAACACAGCCAGCGUAAUUAACACUCCGUCGGAGAACUUGACCCUAGUCGGGUCUCUUCUUGUAGAACUAGAGUCAAGUGUUGAAGCAUGUGGCCCACUCAAGUCAGCGAUCAGCGGACUCAGAGCAUGUGUUGAUAUAUACAAGAGUGCAUGCAAGGAACCUAAAGAAUACGACCAACUGGAGCGCAAGCUCAGAGCCAUACUCGCGGACCUUGCUGUCCACAUCAAACAGCCAAUAGGACUUGAAAUGACUGACUGCGUCAAGCGGAUUCAAAGUGAUAUUGCGGAAGAGGCCAACAAGGUCUCCGUCAAACAGGCUAGUGCGACAGGAAUACGGCUUCUGCAAGCCCUGGAAGGCCCGGAGGGUAUCAACGAAUGCUACCGCCGGAUUGAUAGCCACCUGCAGCGAUUGAUGCUGAACACGAACAUAAGCACCCUCAAGGUUGUCAACGAGCAAUCGAUGACAACCCACGAGCACACAUUGAGCGCACGGCUGGACAGGAUGUGUCCAAGCAUGUCUGCGGUCUACAAGUCAUCCGAGUCAAUCGACGUCCAAAGGAGGGGAUGUACCCCAGGGACUAUAAGACGCCAGAUCGAGCUAUUGCUCGAGUGGGCAAACACGCCCGACACCGGCAGAACCUGCUGGAUGAACGGGAUGGCUGGCACAGGCAAGACAACCAUCGCAUACAGCGUAUGUGUUGAGCUCGAGAAGACCAGCCGACUGGGUGCUAGCUUUUUUUGCUCGCGAACAAUACCAGAGUGUCGAAAGGUCAAGUAUAUCAUUCCCUCGAUCUCAUACCAGAUUGCUCGGUUCUCUGCUCCGUUUCGAUAUGCGCUGGCCAAGGUGCUAGAACUCGACCGUGACGUCCACACUGAAACAUUGAAGGCCCAAUACCAGAAGCUCAUCGUCGACCCGUUGGUGGAAGUGCAGAGGUCUAUGCCGACUGACUUUAUCGUAGUUAUCGAUGCGCUGGACGAAUGCGAUAAUGAGAACAGCGUUGGCCAGAUACUGGACUUGCUUAUUGCAUCAGCUCCUACCCUUCCGGUUCGGUUCCUAAUAUCCAGUCGGCCAGAGAACGAGAUUACGCACAGGAUCACAGGACGAUAUGACGGAGAGGACGAAGCUCGGCUGGUCCUGCAUAACCUACAAGAAGACGCUGUCAAGGAUGAUAUCGAGCUAUAUAUGCGUGAUGAACUCAAGGAUAUUAUACUAACUGAGGCACAGUGGACCGACAUUCUAGAGCGCUGCGGCACCCUGUUCAUCUACGCAUCGACCACCUGUCAUUUUAUCAGGCAGGAGUAUAAAGUAGAUGCGGCCAGUGAAGCAGUGAACACCAUUACCAAUUCACCCUAUAUGCCGAUAGCGGGGGAUAACCCCAUCGACAGCCUAUACCUCACAAUCCUAAAGACUGUAUUCGAGAAAUCAGAUAUGAGCAAAGAGAGCGCGGAGAAAAUGAAACACAUACUCGACACGGUUAUAUGUGCACUCGAGCCGAUAACCCUGGACGCAAUCGCAGAUCUACUCGGACUGAAGAGUGUCAAACAGGUGUAUCGACUGCUGCAGCCGCUGCGGUCAGUACUGAACGUUCCGAGAGAUACUGGUGCAGUCACUACCCUACACGCAUCGUUUCCUGACUUUAUGUUCUCCCCAACCCGAUCUGUUGACUUUUACUGUGACCGAACAACGCGACACGCGAAACUAGUUGAAGCCUGCUUGAGGGCGAUUGAUCAGGCCGAGCCGAAGAUGAAUAUUUGUAGACUGCCAUCAUCUCACUUAUUGGAUAAUGAAGUGGAAGACCUAAAAGCACGAGUCGCUUGGGCUAUCUCACCUGGGCUGGCAUACGCAUGCCGAUACUGGUCGGCGCACCUGGACUGCAGUGAACACAGCCCAAAACUACUGGGCGCGGUCCGUAACUUUUUCGUAACAAAGCUGCUUCUGUGGAUGGAGGUCUCAAACCUAACCAACGCGAUGCAGUAUGGUAUGGGCACAAAGACAAUCGAGUCUGCAGAGAGAUGGUGUGCGAAAAACGGCGCGCCUGAGGCCGUAACGCAGAUAGCCCACGACGCAUGGCAGUUUGUAUCCGUGUUUGCCAACCACCCUGUAUGCCAAAGCACGCCUCACAUAUACAUUUCGAUGCUUCCGUUCUGGCCUCGCUCAAGACCCAUAUCCCUCGCAUACAUGCCAAGGACGUCUGAUUUGGUCCGGCCGACAGGGACGGCAAUCGGCAGGCGACAGUUGGCACUUAUGGCUACCUGGAAGGUGUCGAAUGAAGCAGUGGGGUCGAUCAGUCUGUCAGAUAACGAAAAUCGACUUAUGGCACCUACCGAUGCCGGGAUCGACAUGCUGGAUACGACGACAGGCGAGAGUGUACACAGCCUCACCGACGAGCGCGCGCAGGAUGUAUGGCUGAUCGUCAUGUCACCUGACGAUACUCAGGUGGCCUUUGCUAAGGAUGGGGGUAUCUUAUACCUGUGGGAUACUGGAAGCAAUGGAGCCAUUUCAACGCCGCUUCCAGAAGAUGUUUCAGGUGUCCUGUCGAUCGCAUUCUCCGUCGAUGGGUCUCGCGUCGCAUGUGGCCUGAGGAGUGGGGACGUGUACGUCUACCCACCGCGACAUACAACCCGCAGUCAUAGAAUACUCAGGGGUCAUACGAAUCAGGUCAGGUCGGUCGCAUUUUCUCCCAACGGCUCGCACCUUGCAUCCGGAUCAGCCGACAAGACUAUCCGAGUGUGGAACAUACAAACAGGCGGACAAGCCGUUCGAGUCUUAAAGGGUCAUACCGAUUGGGUGCGCUCAGUGUGCUACAGCACUGAUGGCUUACACCUUGCUUCUGCCUCCGACGAUAGGACUAUUCGGUUAUGGGACCCACGAACAGGGAAAACCGUGCUGGAACCACUCAUAGGUCACUCCUCCGUAGUGCUGUCCAUUACCUUCUCACCCAACGGCAAAUUACUUGCCUCUGGAUCCGCAGAUAGAACUAUUCGAGUAUACGAUGCAGUAACUGGUCGGGUCGCCCUUGGGCCACUCAAAGGACACACAAGAUGGGUCAACGGGGUGAAGUUCUCUCAUGAUGGCACUCGCCUGUUCUCAUGCUCGUCUGACGGGACUGUACGCAUAUGGAAUGUGCAAAAUGUCGAUACCAACGCUGGCCUAAUGGCCACUCCCGGUUCCACCUCUUCUACCUGGUCUAUUCGAUACGCCCAUAGUGGAAAGCGAAUCGUGUCUGGCUCACAGGAUGGAACAAUACAUGUGUGGAACACCGAGACGGGUGAGCUGGUGCUCGGGCCCCUGCGCGGCCACAAAGCGGCGGUUGCGUGCGUUGACUACUCAUCGGACGAUCAAUACAUUGCGUCUGCUUCAUAUGACAGCACGCUGCACAUUUGGGAUGCACACGUCGGCAAGGACAUACACGGACCAAUGCGCGGCCAUAGCAGGACAGUAAAUUGUGUACGAUUCUUACCACACGGCUUGGCGAUCGUCUCAGGGUCGGAUGACGGCACUGUCCGAAUGUGGGACGUCAGCACUGGACAGCAACUGGCGCUGCUUCUCGAAGCACACAGCCGGAUCUUCUCAGUUGCGGUAUCUCCCAACGGGCAACACGUACUUUGCGGCUCAGAAAAUGGCGCGAUACAACUGGUGGACCGACAUGGCGACAGGGCACUGGACAAGACAAUCAACGGCCAUAACGACUGGGUUCGCUCAAUGGAGUUCUCUGACGGAAUGCAUUUUGUGUCAGGGUCGCAUGACCAUUCGGUGCGAAUAUGGGAUGGGCAGACAGGGAGGCAGCUGGUUGUUUGUGGCGAGCGCGACUGGGCCCAUGAUAAUCUGGUGCUCUCUGUAUCGAUCUCCCUGGACGGUCUCUAUGUAGCAUCGAGUUCCGACGAUCGCACUGUGCGUGUGUGGGAUGGGCAGACCGGCAAGUUGACACUCGGUCCUCUGAGAGGACACACUGAUUGGGUGCGAUGUGUCCAGUUCUCUCCCGACGGUUCACAUGUGGCAUCGUGUUCAGAUGACGGCACAAUCCAGUUCUGGGAUGUGUCGGGCUGCAAGGCAGAGUCACUGGAGCAUGGGUCGACGAAUGCAGGUAUGGGUCUUCCUGGUUUGUGUAUCACUGGCUCGAUGGCUGAUAAGGCUUUAAUAGACAUAAAGGGGGCAAUCUCUGAUGGUAGUGGUGAGAAAGCUCUUGAGAGGUGGAUAUUCGAUGAGGAUGGAUGGAUAAUGGAGUCGCAGAAAGGACGAGUAGUAUGGGUGCCAUCUGAGCUACGUGCUUGCCUCCUUUGCCCCCUAGAAGAUCUCAGGAUUGCUGUUGCAGGGUUUCUGAGGUUAGAGCUCGAAGGAUCAAAGGUAGGGCAGGCGUGGGCGGGGUGUUAUCAUCCAUGGAGCAAACGUAUUCAUUAA